ACGGUGUGUGCAAUAACAUAACGUUUGUUCUGUGAUGAGUGUUUAUUCGCAUUUUUUCACAUGAACCAUGCCCUGUAACUAAAAUGUAUGUGGUGAGGUGCAUUAGGAAAGGUUUAAUUACGAAUAUUGUUCUAAAGUAAAAUACUCAGCAUGUCACACGAUAUACGAUCGUAUUUUUUACCUACUGCCGGAAAUGGGAAGAAAGAUAAAAAUAAGCGAGAAGUGAAACGUAAGAGGCAAGUUCUCGAUUCUGAUUCCGAAGAGGAAUUCUUGCCGACGAAGGUGAAAAAUCAUAAAGGAAAUUGUGAUUUCUCAGGUAGUUGUGCCAGAAAUGGAAAGGAAAAGAAUGAUAAGUAUUCAUGCAAGUCUGAAUUGAAACCUGUGGAUGUAGGAGAUGUGUUUGGUUACAGUCAGGUUAAAAGAACUUUAUCUAGGAAAUGUGCAGAAAAAAACAAGGUCAUGGAAGAUGUUAAGCCCAAAUUGGAGAAUCAGCAUGCAAAUUCGGAUUUUGAAGCAACAUUACAGGAACUGAAUGAACAGAAACUUGUGUGUAAAAAGGAAAAGGAAAAAGCUCAUAAGAAAGAAAAAGAGAAAGAUGGACUGCAUACUUCAGAAUUAAGUGAAAGUGUUGUUGUAUUGUAUAAUAUGCCCAGAAAUGUUACAGAAGAGAGACAGAGUAAAAAUGAUAAAGAAUUAUUAAAUGACAAGAAGGAAAACAAGGAGAAAGAAGCUACCAGAUUGAGUUCCCAGGCUAGAACUUCUUCAGAUUUGCCCAAGAAAAAUAAAAAAUGUAUAGAUGUAAACCAGCAUGUGAGAAAUGAAGGUAAUAAUAAGCAGGAAGAUGUCAGAAGUUUGCUGCCUGCUGAUAGUAGCUCCAGUGAUGAUGUAUUUGAGAGGAAGAAACAACACGCAGCACAGUACCAAAGAUAUCUACAACGAGAGGGCCCAAAAAAUCCAGGGGGGAAGGCAGUACCACAGGGAAAACCAGGUUGCUUGUCGGGACUGGUGUUUGUUGUGAGCGGAGUGUUGGAGACAAUAGAUCGGGAACAGGUGACUGCUCUCGUUAAACAGUGUGGUGGUCGUGUGACUUCCAGUGUCAGCCGCAACACUAGCUACCUUGUAGUGGGAGAUGAACCUGGGCCAGCAAAAAUAGAGAAGGCAAUAAAAUUAAACACAACGCAGCUAACUGAGGAUGGGCUGUUUGAUCUGAUUCGAACAAAAUCAGGACCACCAGACAGUUCAGAAAUGCUGAGAAAAAAGUUGAAGAAACAUAUUGAUAAGGAUGAUGAGAUUAAAAGAAAUGAAAAAUGGAGUAUUCCAUCACCUGCAGAAUCUGGGGACAGCACCUUUCAUCAGCAUUCUCUCUGGGCUGAUAAGUAUAAGCCUUUGUCUACCAAGCAGAUCAUAGGUCAGCAAGGUGACCGCAGCAAUGUGAAGAAAUUGGUCAGUUGGCUGCAGGGAUGGCAUUCUAACCACUCAGGAAAGAAGAAGCUUGUACGGCCAAGUCCAUGGGCAAAAGAUGAUACUGGUAAUUUCUUCAAAGCUGCAUUGUUAUCAGGUCCCCCAGGUGUUGGGAAAACAACAACAGUGCAUCUUGUCUGUAAGGAACUUGGAUUUGAUAUUGUGGAGUUCAAUGCGUCGGAUACAAGAUCAAAAAAAUUACUGCAUGAAGAAGUUUCUGAGCUGCUUAGCAACAAGUCACUGUCUGGAUAUUUUCAGGGUGCUGCAGCAAGAAAACCAACAGAAAAUCAUGUUCUGGUAAUGGAUGAAGUUGAUGGUAUGGCGGGCAAUGAGGAUCGAGGUGGCAUGCAGGAACUGAUCCAGCUGAUCAAGAGCUGUCGAGUACCAGUGAUCUGCAUGUGCAAUGAUCGCCAUCACCAGAAAAUCAGAAGUCUCACAAAUUACUGUUUUGACCUCCAGUUUAGUAGACCCAGGGUUGAACAGAUACGGGGUGCAAUGAUGUCCAUUUGUUAUAAGGAAGGAAUAAAAAUCCACCCUGAGGCUUUAAACGAUAUAAUCACUGGUGCAAAUCAUGAUAUUCGCCAAGUGUUGCAUCACUUGUCAAUGUGGUCUGUGAAAGAUAAACAUCUCUCUACCGAAAGAGCCAAAGAGGAGUCUCACAAGGCCAAGAAGGAUAUUAAGUUGGGUCCUUGGGAUGUCUUGAAGAAAGUGUUUUCUGCAGAUGCGCACAAGACAAUGUCAAUUCAUGACAAGUCAGACCUCUUCUUCCAUGACUACAGUCUGGGUCCUCUGUUUGUGCAAGAGAACUAUUUAUCAGUGAUGCCCCACAAAGUUAGGGGCAACAGAAAGAGACAUUUGGAGCUUGUUGCGCAGACAGCAGAGAGUCUCAGCACAGGGGAUAUAGUAGAGAAGUCUAUAAGAAGUAGAAAUGCAUGGAGUUUGUUGCCUACACAGGCUAUGCUUUCAAGUGUCUUGCCUGGUCAUAUCAUGGAAGGCCACCUUACUUCCCAGAUCAGCUUUCCAGCAUGGCUGGGAAAGAACUCACGCAGAAGUAAGUUUGAACGACUUCUACAAGAACUUCACAUGCACAUGAGGCUGAGUAUCUCUGGCAGCAAGGAAGCUGUUAAUUUGGACUAUCUAACACAUCUGCGAGACUCAGUAGUGAGUCCCUUAAUCAAUAAUGGUUUGGAUGGAGUUGCUGCCACAAUUCACAUCAUGCAGAACUACUAUCUGCUGAGAGAGGACAUCGACAGUCUCAUGGAAAUCAGUCUGUGGCCCAAUCAGAAGGACCCGCUGUCUUGUGUCAACAGCAAGGUUAAAGCAGCUUUUACCCGGACAGUCAAUAAGGAAGGCAUCAUGACACCAUACUCUGUUAUAAACAUCAAGAAAAGUGCAUCGAAGUUUAACCAAGAUUCAGACAUUGUUGGUGAUGGCCAGGAUGAUGAAAAUGGAGAUGAGGUGGAGGAAGAUGAGGAAGACAUUACAAAAGAUGCAAUGAUUAAGAAGGCCAAGAAGCGACCUGCUGCAGUGAAUGAUCAUGCACCAGGAGGGAGUGGCUCAAAGAGACAGAAGGUUGUUGGUAAAGGAAUUAAAAAGAAAUGUGAUAUGGGCAAAGGAAAAUAGCUUUGCUAUUUGGCAAACUAAUGCAAGUUUCCCAGUAAGAAUUACUGUCAUUGGGAAUUACUUGUAUUUGAAAUUUAUUAGGAUACAUGUACAGUACAUCUUUUGCCAUGUUAAACUUUCAGAGUCUGACCUUCUUGUCAAAGUGAGCAUUUUUCUCAUUGAAGUGUAUUAGUUUUCUGAAUCAGGAUGGAAAUAUUACUAUAUUUACCCAAAUAUACCUCCAGAAGAAUUAGCUGUGCAUUAUAUUUGCACACAUUCCAUUCUUCUAGAAGGUGCUAUUGAAAAAUAUUGUUACAUGCUAUUUUUAAAUGCUUUUUGUCAUAUGACACAAAAAAUCUUAUAGGUUUUGUUAAAUGUGUAAUGCCGAUGAUUCUAUAGUAUACUUAGGAAGCUAUUCAAUAAAUGUAAAGUUUCAAAAUGGGGGACACAUUACUUUCACAUAAAUGCUAUUUUACCAUGGUGGGUCAUUCUUCUUUGUUUUUUGUAUUUUCCCUUUAUUUAGUCCUUGUUCUUCCCAGUGGUCAUUUAUUCAGCAUAUUUUUAAAGUGUGAACUCAUGGCAUACCACCAACAUCUUUGUGUUCCUACCUGCAGGUCAUGGCUAACAUCUUGAUUUUAGAUUUAAUCCCUUCAUGCUCAUCUGAAUAUCAUUGCUACUGCUUUUUUCAUGUUUCAUGUCAAAACAAGUGAGUAGUAACAUAUGGUAACAUUUUACAGCUUGUCUUGAAUUAUAAAUGCAACAGCAGUGUGAAUAUCGUGUCAGUUGGAAAUAAGAUAGCAGAUUAUUAUUUGUCGUUACUAUUCAUAAUGUUAGGUAAUUCAGACAACAGCUGUUUAUUAUUUUGAUUGUAAGUAAUUUUAUGUUGAAUAUUGGCAUAACUCAGUCAGUAUAGUGACUGGUUACAGACUGGACGAUCUGGGUUUAAUCCCUGACGGGGGACAGAGGAUUUUUCCUCUAGCCUCUAAGUCCAGACCCAUUCUGGGGCCCACCCAGCCUCCUAUCUAAUGGGUACCAGGGUCCUUUCCCAGUGGUAAAGCACGGCCAUGGCUUGAUGCUGACCACCCCCCCAUCUAGUGCCGAGGUCAAGAAUAAGUAGGAGCUAUACAACCUCUCCCCCCAAGGCCUACAUGGCACAUAGUGGGACAGCUUUACUUCACUUUUUUUUAUUUUUACUAGCUUCUUUGGUAUUCCGAAUUCAAUGAGAAUAUUGUAUAACUUCUCUCUUAACAGAGUUGUAGGCUUUUUUAAAUCUAUGAACAGCUGAUGUGCAGUCCCACUUUUUCUAAGCUAUGUCUCCUCUCCCCCCAGGUGCCUACUUAGCAUGUAGUGGGACAGCUUUACUUUUUUAACUGUUGGGUUCACAUCAUCUGAUUUUGUUUUAGACUGUCGAAGAAGGGACUUGCCACUAAAUACAUGUAACAUAUUAACACAUUUAGAGUGCCCAGUGUCUACUGUUGUCUGUUGUCUGCAGUCAAGUACUUUUGUUAUUGCAUAGAAGUGAUGUGAAAAGCUAUCAGAAUUUGUAAAUGCAGUAGCAUGAAGCUUUAACCCUGUGAAAUAGUGGUGAUUGGGAGUACUAUUUACUUUAAUGCCUACCAUAUUAGCAUUUCACCCAGUGUGUCAUCACUUGUAUUUGCUUCUCGGUAUAAACUGCAAUUGUUAUAUAAAUUAGAUAUUAGAGACUACAUGAUUUCUUGGAAAUAGAAACCAAAUUUUGUAAUAUUGUCUACAUGAAUCUCACCGUUUAAAUUGUUGCACUGGAUUAUUUUGAUAUAAAUAUUAAUGAAAAUUAUGGCAGGAUGCCUGUAUGGACUGAAAGUAAUAUCUAGAGCUCCUCAUGGCAUGAGGUUUUAUCAAGGUUAUGAUUAUUCAACUGAUUAAGAGAUUUCCUGUUUUUAUGGGCCAUGCUGUUAAACUCUCCUGAUUAACCUGCGUCCUGAGGACAUCUUCAAACUGAUUUGCCUAAUGUCCAUUUUAACAUUAUCCUACAUCCAUUCAUUUUUGAUUUAUGUUUACGUAAAACAUUUGACUAAAAAAAUUUGUAUUUUUUGUAAACAUUCUUCUUAUUGAGUCUAGUAAGUUCUGUAUGAAACAGUUUAUGUGAUGGUGAACAUGUGGCAAGAGGAACUGGUUAAUUAAGGUACUUUAGUCAGUUCACAAAUUAUUUUUUGUUUUCAUUGCUUAUUUAUUGAGUGUAGCUGGUUUUUACAGUGCACCAAUAUUUUUCUGCUGGUUAUUCUUUUUAGGAGAUCUGAGGUGCAGCUGUCCUGACAGGUUUUUCAUGAUUUUCCUCAGUGUCUUCAGGCAGGUGUUAUUAUAAUACCCUAAAAUAGGUCAUAAUUUCUUCAAAAUCCUUUUCAGUUCACUAAUCACCUUACCAUUUGAUGCUGUAUGACCCAAACAGUUGGAAUGAUAAAUUUAUGAAUGUUAGUAUUUGAGGUUUUCACGGCUGGGUUAUAGUGCUGUAUAGUCUCCUAGAAGUUUGCCAGUGUUUCAGGGGUCUUUGCUGCCUCCAUCACUAGGGUAAUAAUUAAAACUUCUACCAGACUAUAUGGUGCUACAACCCAGAAGACAGCCACCUUAAUUUAUGAAUGAGUUAUCCCCUACAUACGUGAGUCAUGAUAUUUAACUAAAUUACUUGUGAAGAUGGCUGUCUUCUUAGUUUUUGCGCCAUGUAGUCUGGUAGAAGUUUGCUGACAUUUCAGAGGUUCUUGCUGCCAGACUACACAGCGCAACAACUGAUAGCCAUCUACAGACUCUCCACCAUGAAAACCUCAAAUCCUACAUAAAUUACUUGUUCCUUGAAGUGAGGUCAAUAUGUUUGGUUGAUUGCUUACCCAUUAAAUUGGCUGCCCUUAUGCUUGGUCAUUGAAAAUGAACAGUAAAAUGUUGCAGUUGCAUCCUAAAUGUAUAUUCUGUUUCUUAAAAGUACAUGUAUGAAGAAUGUCAAGUUAUAGCAUUGUUUGUGAAUUUUGUACUUUUUUAAACUGAUUUCUUUUUGUUUCUUUAAAACAUAGAGUCAUUAACAACGGAACACGAUUGCUGCCUGUCUUGAACUUGAGAAUUCAAAAUUAAGCUUAAAGGACAACUCUUGUAGGAUUUGACUUUAUUUCUUUGCACCUACAAUGUACUUCAUAUUUGCUUUUUUUAUAUUUAUUAAUACAAAUAUUUUAGCCUCAAAGUUGGCCUGAUAUCAGAACUUUCAUAGUUAAAAUUAUAAUUUUAACUAUUGCUCCUUAAUCUCAUCACAUGAUCAAUUAUUGUUAAAAUAUUCUACAUAUUUGUUACAUAAAAAUUAGUUAUUAAGUGUGUUUCUCCAUGGUGCACUGUCUUUUUUGAAAAAUAUGUAGCUGAUUAGCAGGUAAAGAAAUUUCCUGCUUU